AUGAAGCUCGUUCUGCUCCUCGCUCUGCUCACAGUCAGUGAAGGUGACGGCAGCAGAGUUGUCGGUCAACUACAUGGAAACGUCACUCUGCCCUGUACUUAUGACAUCAAAUAUUAUGGCGUGCUGACGGUUUGUUGGGGUCGAGGAGAAAUACCAAACUCUGGCUGCAACAAGCAGCUCAUCUCCACUGAUGGACAGAAAGUUAAAGAAGGAAGCAGAGUUCCCAGCAGGUAUCAGUUACUGGGACGACAGGAUGAAGGAGAUGUUUCCUUGACGAUACUGAACGUCUCAGAGUCAGAUGCUGGAAGAUACGGCUGCAGAGUUGCGGUACCCGGGCUAUUCAAUGAUCUAAAAUAUCAUAUCGAUUUGACCAUCGAGGAAGCUCCACUGACGACCACAUCGACAACAUUAAAAACAGAGACGUCUACAGAGCAGACGACAGACAAAGAUGUAACAGGUCAUGUGAACUCAACUGACUGCCCCCUAACUUCCUCCUCCAGCAGCAUCGUGGCCAAGGAGAGCAGCAGUACAAAUGUGGUUCUGCUCUGUGUUCUGUUCGGGUUGGUCGCUUUGGUCACAGCAGGCACAGUUCUCAUUAUCGUGAGCAGAAGAAGGCGACUCAACAAAAUGCCUGAGCAGCAGCAGCAGGUCGUCAGUUCAGUCCAGUACAGCGCGACUUCAUCGAGCCUGCAGCUCCAGAGUCGAAGUUUGGCUGUGGAAAACAUCUACCAGAUAGAGGGAGGCUUGGAUGGAAGCGAGUACGAGUACUGCCCCUGAGGCCUGAAGCUCCGCCAACUGACCUGCUGACCUGGGACACAGGACGACGACAAGUCACGGACAAAAAACAUCAACUCUUGCCCUCGAGGGCUCCUGGACUCCCUAAAACUGCCAUCAGGAUGACUUUUUAAGUGGCAGAGUGAAACUUGGGAGAAGUUUUCCUUCUUUCCUUUCUGACAGAAAUCUUUUUAUUUUAACCCAAAUCGCAACUUUUUUCCAAACCUUAACCAACAGAGUCCUUUCUGUUAGAAAGCCCUCAAGGAAAAUUUGCAUUGCAAAACUGAAUCACCACAACAAACAAUGAGACCCUGAACUGAAAACAUUCUGCAUCACUGAUAAAAGUCUACAAGAAAAAGCAAACAGUGGAAGGUGUCCAGGUUUCAACAAGAAACAUUCAAUCACUGAGCUUAGAAUUCCGUGACGUGCAGCUAACAGCAGGUUGACGCUGAAGAUUAUGGUGCUGAGAAAACUAAAAACAAUCUGCAGCUUAAAUCAGUUCUCUUUUGAACAUCUUCAGAGCAAUGCAACGAUGUCAAGGUAAAAAACAACCGCUAUUCAUGGCAUAAUCCCAGCAGGAAACACCGCGAUAUAUUGGUUAAAAAUUGACCGAUUUUGGUAGCACUAUGCUGACAGGAAAUGUGCUGAUUUUUCAUUAAAAAAACAACCACUGUUCAUGGCACUAUCUCAGCAGGAAAUGCAGUGAUGUCUGGUAGAGAACAUGCUUUUCGUGGCACUAUCUCGGCAGGAAACGUGCCGAUGUAUCGGUAAAAACCAACCUCUUUUCGUGGCAUUAUCUCAGCAGGAAACACAGCGAUGUAUUGGUAAAAAGCAACUGCUUGUCAUGGCACUAUCCCGACAGGAAACCCAGUUAUGUAUCAUAGAAAAACAACAGUUUUUCGUGUCAUUAUCCUGGCAGGAAAUGCAGCAAUGUUUUUUAUGGCAUUAUCUCAGCAGGAAAGGCAGUAAUGGAGUGCUAGAGUGUAAUCUGUUUUGUUGUUCUGGAACAGUGGUCUGCAGCCUGGCAGGCAUCUCAUCGAGGUGUUACUCGAACGCAGCUUGAAUUCUUUUGUACACUGAUGGUUAAAACUCUGUAGCUCUGUAGCUGAAUGGACAGAAAGUUUGUAUUCUGCACUUUGACCAGUUUGUUUUAAAUAAGUUAUUAAAGAUUAAUUAUGUCUUCAUGUGACAAGUCAUUUAAGAUGAUUAAAUUAAGGUGGAAAACCA